AUAGAAGAGAAGGGAGAGGAAACAAAGCAAAGGCCGAGCAGUGGAGGUGCAUGGAGAUACGUGGUGCUGCUGCUUCGUCUCCAUCUCCAUCUCCAUCCAUUGCCAAUUAAAGCUUCUCUCCCAACAAUAGCCUACCUUCCCCAGCCAUGCCGCCGCCUUCUAUCUCCCUCCUCUCUUCUUCGUCUCUUCUUCCUCUUCCUCCUCCCCCCGUUCCUCAUUGCCGCUCCUUCUUGAGACGCCGCUUCCACGCCUUUCUCUUGCCCAACCGCGCUGUUCCGCCUCGCCCUUCUUCUUCUUCUUCCUCCAGGUUUUCCGCUGUUUGUCGAAGCUACGGCCAAUUUGGCGAGGGAUUCGACAUGGACAGCGACGGCGACGAACACGGGCAGAAGGAAGGUGUUUUACGAAGAGAGGAGGAGGAGGAGGAAGAAGAGGAUUCAACGAAUACUUCUCCCUUUCCCGACAGAUGGGAUGUUUUGGGUCUUGGCCAAGCUAUGGUAGAUUUUUCUGGCACGGUUGAUGACCAUUUCUUGGGCAGACUGGGAUUAGAGAAGGGGACAAGGAGGCUUGUGAAUCAUGAGGAGAGGGGUAGAGUUUUGCAGGCAAUGGAUGGGUGCAGCUACAAGGCUGCUGCCGGGGGUUCUCUCUCUAACAGCCUGGUGGCCUUGGCCAGGCUUGGUGCUCAUACAAUUGGAGGCCCUCCCUUGAAUGUAGCUAUGGCAGGCAGUGUUGGUAGUGAUCCCUUGGGUGGGUUUUACCGAGCAAAGCUGCGUCGGGCAAAUGUGAAUUUUCUCUCUCCUCCGGUAAAGAAUGGAACAACAGGGACAGUUAUAGUUCUUACGACUCCGGAUGCUCAGCGAACAAUGCUUGCAUAUCAGGGUACAUCAUCAACUGUUAAUUAUGAUCCUUGCUUGGCUAGUAUAGUUUCAAAAACAAACAUAUUAAUUGUUGAAGGAUAUUUAUUUGAGUUCCCUGAUACAAUUAAAACAAUUACGAAAGCAUGUGAAGAUGCCCGCAGGAGUGGUGCUCUAGUUGCUAUUACGGCUUCAGAUGUAUCCUGCAUUGAAAGACACUACGACGAUUUCUGGGAAAUCAUGGGAAGCAAUGCUGACAUUGUAUUUGCAAAUAGCGAUGAAGCAAGAACAUUUUGUGAUUUCUCCUCCAAGGAAAGCCCCCUUUCUGCUGCAAGGUAUCUAAGCCAUUUUGUACCAUUAGUUUCGGUUACAGACGGGCCAAGAGGCUCUUAUGUUGGUGUCAAAGGGGAGGCCGUAUAUAUCCCUCCAUCACCAUGUGUGCCGGUUGAUACAUGUGGGGCUGGCGACGCCUAUGCAUCGGGCGUCUUAUAUGGUAUUUUGCGAGGCGUCUCAGAUUUGAAAGGCAUGGGGGCAUUUGCGGCGAAGGUAGCAGCUGUAGUUGUCGGACAGCAGGGGACGCGGCUUAGGGUUCAAGAUGCUAGGCGACUGGCAGAGUCAUCGUCUUCCCAUCUCGAGAGCUCCAUUCUUCGGACAGAUGUGGGUUCUGAUCAGAUAUCCAGCUUGUAGUAAGUUGCAAUAGGCCUCGCUAUCAUGCUGAUCCCACAAUUGGUCACGUAAUCUUUUUUCUUUCUUUAUAACUACAUGAACUCAUUUGUUUAACAACCCAAAAAGAACUGGGUACACUCUCAUUCUUUGUACAUAAUUAUGUUAAAGAGAAAGGCACCAAAAGUUGGAGAAAUUGUGUUUAGUA